ACGUGUAGGUCUGACUUCGCACUUAUAUUCAUUUGUUAGCCAACAUACCGGUUUUAUUAUUAUUUUUUUUUAAUACGAAACUGGGUUAUUUUUAGUUCGAAAGUCGCUAUAUUUAGUCGAGAUGCUCCACUUACCGAAAAUGACCGUUAUUUUCGCCAUUUUGCAACUUUCAGGAAGUAUUAAGGAAAAUUGCACGGACUUUCAAGGGAAAACCAUUGAGCACGGAAUCCUUUAUGUCCCUGGACCCGCUGUAUGUUCCAUGUGCGUUUGUUAUCACAGCGAACCCAAGUGGUGUAGUGAUAUUUAUUGUGAUCCUCCUUAUUUUUGCAACAAAUUCCGAGUAAAAGAGCGCUGUUGCGAAUUCGAAUGUUUGGACCCCCCUGGAGAUACCGCUGCAAAAAUGUUACGGGAAUACCGAAGAAAAGCUUUGGCCAAAAACACCGCUGGACCCCACGGAGUAAAUAGGUUCAUAUUUUUUCUAGUUUUUUACGCCCUAUUAAAGGGUUGAAAUAAAACAAGCGUUCAGUAAUA